UCUCACGUGACAACAGAUCAUGUGACAACACGAAAAGUUAAAAUGGCCAUUCUACGGGCAUCAGAUAGUGAGUGGGUUUGGCUUUUUCACUCCUAUAUUUUUUUAUGUUGUUGAUUAUUUUGUGUUUCAGUUCAAUCGUCUAUAAUUUAAGAUAUGAAUUUAAAUAAUAAUGUACUUAACUUGGAGAGAUUAAAAUUUAAGAAAUAGUGUAUCUUAUCUCGGCACUGUACUAUAGUUGUUCCAGUACUAGUACUCAGUAGUCUGUAGUCAGUAGUCAGCAGUAGAGUCAGAGCAGUAAUCAGUUACAAGUUACAGUUACAGUCUACACAAUAAUACUCUUCUUCUACAGUUCAUUAGAGUUAGACUUGAUAAAGUUAAUUAGUAGUCAGUAGUAUGAGUAGUUUAAAAUUUGGGUACCAAAAAUUGUAAAAUAGUAUUCAGAGUUCAAUUUCGAUAGUCAAUAGUCUAAAUAUUCAUUCAUAAUGGAUUAUGGAUAAAAUUGACUGAAAAAUUCACUUCAUUCAGUCCUCAAGCUCUUAUUUGUCUGUUAGUAUUAGCUCAUUACUGUUAGUACUAUUACUUAACACCAGCACAUCUUAAACUGGAACUCCUCAGAACGGCGGUCCCAAAUUAAAAAUAGAAUACUAUUCAUAUUCAUUAGAAAUUGUCCGGCUAAUAGCCGCCGAUAAUUGAUGACAUAUUUGUUUACGUCUAAUUCUCUACUUAUGAAGAUCGCGAUCUUCAUCAGUCGCGAUCUUCAUCAGUCUUUUUGACUGAAAGAUAAAGAAAUUUAUAGAAGAAGGAAAAUAAAAAAAAAUGCAAGAAAGGUACAAAAGUUAUCUCUGUUGAAUUGCUUUGCUUUUUUUGUUUAGAGUAUUAGACGGUUUUCAGCAAGCCACACUAACCAAACCAUACUCAUACUCAAACAGUGCCUUCAGCAUUUUGUCAUAAGUUUGUAGAAUGUUUCCUGACAAAAUAUUAUCUGAAAUAUGGUGUUGUUUAUUUUAUAUUAUUACAAGCAAUAGUAAGUCUGCAAAAAAAAUUUGAAGUAAAAAAUUAUGUCACCAAUUAUCGGCGGCUAUUAGGUUGGUAGCCGAACAAUUUCUAACGAAAAGUAUCCAAUUUUUAAUUUGGGAUCGCCCUUCUGAGGAGUGCCCUUAAACUUAACUUGACUUAAGUUUAAGUCUUAAGACAUACCAGUUAAUCACCUCUUCUCCUGAAUUCAGAUAGGGAUUUCCACCUCCAGAUUUCUCAGUAUUAAUAAAUAUAAUGUGCGCUUUUUGGGCAGUGCAUACUCAAUUUUAGACAGAUGGAUAACAAGAAACGCCUUUAUAAAUGGCAGUGUAAUAAAUUCAAAGUUGGACAACAGAAACUUAAAUCUCACGGUUCAUUUAAAUUUUGUUUCAUUGAUAUCAUUCAUUAAGACAAAGACAGUGUAUUACGGUAGAAACUACUUGGAGUAGGAAACAAUAAUUACAAAUCUGUUUGUGUAAUGCAUUGCAAGAAAUGCAGUGUUACUAAGUGAUCAUUUUAUUUCUAUAAUUAUAUAAUUAAAUUUAUUUAAUAUUACUAUCCAUGACUACCAUUAGAGACCAUUAGUCAUUAUUCCUAUUUAUUACUGUAACGGACAAUGUUUUCACAUGAAAACAGAGAGGUAGCAUGAGUGAACAAUGAAUGGUGUUGACCAUGUUUUUGUCCACGAGGACAAUGAAUUGUAUUUUGAGAUACAAAUGUGAGCUCCACGUUUUUGGAGAGUAAAAUUAUGUUUUUGUCAGAGCGAUUGUUUUGCACGCUUUGCUGGUAAUAAAGUAUGAGUUGACUGAGAUAGUAGAGAGCUGAGCGCAGAGCAGUAGAGUCAGUAGCGUGAGAGCUGUGUGAUUAUACAGUUGACAGUUUAGUGUGAGGACGUGUCUUUCUUAAUGAUGGAAUACUAUAGAUAUAUAUGUGAAAUUACAUUAUUAUCAAUAUAAAGUGUGUUCAAUAAAGUACUGUAAGUUUAACCAGGAUUCAGUAUUCUUAUUUGCGUGCCCGGAUUAUAAGUGGAAGAAUGAAGAAGCCUUAGUCGGCAUCCUGAAAUAUCAACAUAACAUAAGUAACCAUACUACUGACAUAACCUACAGCAUAAGAAAUAAGAUCCCACGCCAUGUCAGAGUAGGUGUGUUACAAUUACUAAUAUUACUAUGGCAUGGCUCAAUUUAACAUGCUAACACUUUCAAAAAAUAAAAGCAAGUGUGAUCUUCUUUUUUUGAAGUUUAUGUUAUUUAGAGCCAAAAGAAAUCAGUGAGAAUUGUAGGGUAUAUUAAAUUAUAUUAUUUAUUAAUUAUUAUUUGACUCCGGCUGGAAAUUUAACAUAUUUUAAAAACAAAGUGCUUAGAGUUAGAGCUUAAAAAAAUAUCUAUCCUAAUGAUAUUUUCCUCUUGUACUGUACGGUGAAAAAAGAGGUUAAAUUUUGAUGAUAAACUGAACUCAGUAACUUUGACAAGACUGACGUUACGAUACAUCACUUCAUUAAUUUAAAUACAGGAAUCUGAAAUUACUACAGCUAGCAUAAUUUACAGAAGAAUUCUGUGUAAUUACAUUUAAAUUGUUAUAAAAUCAAUUAAAUGAAUCCAUUUUUUUUUCAAAUUGCUAUUGAGCAGUGUAAAACGAAAAUUGGGCUUAAAACAAGUUAUAUCAUUAAAAAAAUUAGAUCUAGCCAUUUAUGAAUCACGUAAACAUGCUAAAAUUUGUGUGCUGUAAAGGGGAGAUCAUUCAUUUUAAAAUUUCAAAAUAAAUAAUGAUAGAAAAGUUAUAAAUGAUACUUCUUUUGAGUUUUCAUAUUUUCCUUUACAGUUUUUCAUGCCGUUGUACAGUUUUUUGACCCCCAUGGGUUUGCUUAUGAUUUUAUAUAAUGCCAGGAAUUAAGGAAAGAAUAUUUCUGACAGUGGCUAAAUUCUUUCCUUAGAGAGACCUUUUAAUGGCACUCUGGGGUGCGGUACUUUAUUUUGUUUUGGUUUUCAUUCCAGGGGGCUAUCGCUUUUUGGUGCUCUUCUUCAACUGUAUGUUGACAUUUGGAUCUUACUUUUGUUUUGAUAUGCCAAGUGUCCUACAAGAUGUAUUUACAAAGGUAACAUUUUUUAAAGUGGCUGCAAGGUUUUUGUAAUUGCUAUAUUUUUUUUAAAGCAAUCAUUCCCUGACAUUAUACAAAUAAAUACAUAAGACUUUAAGAUAGUUAUUUAUAGUUGAUAUAACAUUCUUCCAAAUGUAUGCUUUAUCUCAGACAGCUAACUUUUUUUCCAGUUUUAAUAUUUGCAAUGCUAUUGUGCGAGCAAUUUAAAAAAGCUUUUAAUAAUAAUAAAAAAUGGUUAUAAAAGCUGGAUAAAUUGAUUAAUUUUUCUCAAUAGACAAACAACUGCACCAAUGGCUCAGAAGCAGUAUAUAGCAAUUGUUCUGAUGAUGGUCUCGGCAUGUCAGAUGCUGACUAUAACUUGUUGUAUGCCAUUUAUGCUUGGACGUAAGUGUUAUUCAUACCUCAAGCUAUUUACGUUCUUUCCUUUUGCACAUGUAACAAAUUUAAUUAAUUUAACUUGUAUCCAUCAAACUACUGCAAUCUGCUAUUAUGGUAAUCCAUAAUAAUUCCAGAGUAGAUCUUGUCCACCCCACUCUCAUUGUGCACCAUGAUACGCAGUGAUUUACUUGCGUACCCCAUUGUACGCACCCAAUGCACUCAGAGGAACAACAUUGGUUACCCACCAUGGCUAAAAGAAAGGCAAAUGAAGGUCAAUACAACUAUGCAUUGGUGGAUCUAUGGAGCUCCGUCUGGAAUUAUUGAAAUAGAUAAUGCACCUCCUCCUCCUGUAUUUUCAAUGUGCAAUGUGGUUGCAUUGCCCCAGCUAGUUUAAUAUAUUUAUUCAAAUUUGACUAUUCAGAUUUGGUUGAAAAGUGAUAGAUAUAAUGGGGGGGGGGGGGGAUUCCCCUUUUUACUUGUUUCUGGUUUUUAAAUCAAAAUUAAUUAAAUAGUAAUUUUACAGUAAAGCUUUGCACAGAACAAACAAUUUUUUUUGUUGGAUAAAAUGUUUUAUUGGCAUUCAAAAAUCAAAGGAUUAAUGAAUAUUUAUAUAUAAAUAAUAAAGUAGACUGUUAUGUUAGGCUCUAUUUAUGUGUUUUAAAUUCUUUUCCAAUCCUCAAAAAUGUUUUUUUAUCAUUGUUUUUUAAAAAAUCAUUGGAUGGUUCCUUUUGGUGUCAUUGGUAUUUUCUUUUGUAUCAUUGGUUGGUAUUUUCUUUUGUUUCAUUGGUUGGUAUUUUCUUUUGUAUCAUUGGUUGGUAUUUUCUUUUGUAUCAUUGGUUGGUAUUUUCUUUUGUAUCAUUGGUUGGUAUUUUCUUUUGUAUCAUUGGUUGGUAUUUUCUUUUGUUUCAUUGGUUGGUAUUUUCUUUUGUAUCAUUGGUUGGUAUUUUCUUUUGUAUCAUUGGUUGGUAUUUUCUUUUGUAUCAUUGGUUGGUAUUUUCUUUUGUAUCAUUGGUUGGUAUUUUCUUUUGUUUCAUUGGUUGGUAUUUUCUUUUGUAUCAUUGGUUGGUAUUUUCUUUUGUAUCAUUGGUUGGUAUUUUCUUUUGUAUCAUUGGUUGGUAUUUUCUUUUGUAUCAUUGGUUGGUAUUUUCUUUUGUUUCAUUGGUUGGUAUUUUCUUUUGUAUCAUUGGUUGGUAUUUUCUUUUGUAUCAUUGGUUGGUAUUUUCUUUUGUAUCAUUGGUUGGUAUUUUCUUUUGUAUCAUUGGUUGUUUUGUUGUUUUUUUAUCAAACUAUUGCUAAUUUUGUAUGCCCUUGUCUCUCUCGCCCACCUUUUUGUUUUCCUCUUCCCCAUUUCUUAUUCCUGAUCUCUUCUUAAAUAGAAAUCAUCUAUAGUUUAAUGCUAUCUUAUUUUUAAAAAUAAUGUAUAUUAAUAUUUCUAUUUGUAUCAUUUUAAAAAAAUUUAAAUGUUUAUAGUUUUAGAGCUAUCCAAACCUGUUCCUGAACUCAGUGUUUUGCUUCUGCUUUCAGAAAUGCUGUUGUAGUGAUUGGUGCUGGUUUCCUCAUAGACAAACUUGGGAACAGAGGUAAAACUGCAAACAGCUCAUUAAAUUAAUAAGCUGAAUGGGUUAAACAGUUAGGCACACGGCUAUGAGCCCCAUUGUUGGGUGUGUCCAGGGCCCCUGAAUGCAUUAAUCUGACUUGUACAUACCCGUGUCUAAGACGCCCCCCCCCCCCCCCCCCCCCCCCCNCCUUACCUAAAUGAACUAUUUUAUUUAGUGAUUUACACAAAAGUCAAAUACUUGAAUGAACAUGUGUUGCUAAUUUUCAAGGGGCAACAGCUACCAUUUGGCCACCCUCAUUAUGGAUGCGUUGAAAAAUAAUUCGCUGCCCGCCCUGCGACUCAGUAUAGAGCUCUUCACUAAGAUCGUUUGCUGAUCCUAGCUCCAAAUAAUUCAUAUUUCUAUGAAACAUUUCCAAUACAUAAACAUUUCCAAUAGAUAAAAUUAAUUGAAUUAAAAUGAUCUCUUCUCAGAUGCCUUAAGGCUGUAAAUAAAUGGUAUUAUUAAAACAGUUAACUGAAAAUUUCUAUAUGGUAUGAAACUUAUUAAAAUUGAUAGGAUCCUGGUUCACGUUUUUUUAAAUUCCUGAAUGGCUCACCUAAGUAAAACUGAUUGAUUAUUUGAAGAUUGCGUGGUGUAGUUUGUUGGCCUCACUUAACUACUAACUUGUCUCUAUUAAAUACAUUUCCAGUUGGUGUGUUCUUGUUUUCGUCUCUUUGUCUCCUGGGCUCCUCAACAUUUGCAGCUGGAGCUUUCCUCAAGGGCACUUCUUAUCUCCUACCCAUAAUGCUCUUUGGUCGAUUGCUUUUUGGAUCUGGAAACGGCUCACUCACUAGUGAGUAAAAAUAAUUUAAUUUUUCACAGCUGUUAUCUCUAAAGGUGAGUAUUAGAUGAUGCUCUGCAUACAUAGUUUGAACUAUGUUCUAGUUUUGGCUGAGAUUAAAUAUUGAUUAUAAUUUUUUGCUGGACUAAGUCUUUGACCAUUUUUAGCGAAAUAAAUUUGUUAUUGGAGAAAAUUUUCAUCUGGAAAUAAAUUUUCUCCAAUAAAAAAUUCAUUUAUGCUUUUUAAAGAAGGAUUUCAGUUCAACCGAAUUUCCUAUCAUUCAUAUUUGUUUAUCAAAGCCUCUAAAUUGUUCCUCAAUUUUCCAAGUAAAUAUUUUAUUUCUAAUAAUCCAUAGAAGUUUUAUUCUAUUUAUUUAUAAUUUUUAAAAUGGUGACAAUUUAUUAUUAAAAAAGUUGUGGAUUAGUUAUAGAAACAAUCAGACUUUUUGUUUCCUUUUGACAUAUUUUUUUUACUAAUCCUUCCCCCACCUCCCCCCCCCUCCCUUUUUUUUUUCUAGUUGUACAAAAUAGAAUCACUGCUUAAGUUUUUUUUUAUUUAUUUAUAAUUUUUAAAAUGGUGACAAUUUAUUAUUAAAAAAGUUUUGGAUUAGUUAUAGAAACAAUCAGACUUUUUGUUUCCUUUUGACAUAUUUUUUUUACUAAUCCUUCCCCCACCUCCCCCCCCCUCCCUUUUUUUUUUCUAGUUGUACAAAAUAGAAUCACUGCUUACUGGUUCAGAGAUAAAGAGCUGGCCAUGGCUUUUGGCAUAACACUUGCUUUUUCAAGGCUGGGUAGUGUUCUUAAUUUUUUUUUAACCCAAAUGUUUGAAGAAGCCUAUGGAUUAAAAUGGACACUUUGGGGAGGUAAUGCAUAUUAGGAGCAUCCUGCUUGAAAUUUAAAAAUGUACAUUUAAUUUUAAACAGAAUUUUAAAAUGUACAUUUAAACAGAGUUUUUCUUAAAAACAUGUUCUUUUUUUAACAGACGUUAUAAUCUAUUUGAUUUUUAACUAACAUUAGUUUCAUUUUGUUUAAAAAUAAUUGAGACCAGCACUUUUUCGGCUGGUCUAUUAACCAUGAGAAUGAGAUGCCUUUUCCAUUUCUUUAUUUAGGGGCUAUGCUGUGCCUGCUGGGCUUUAUCUCCGCUAUCAUUGUUACUAUACUUGACAAACAUGGUGUCAAAGAGCUUGGGGAUGAGGGAUCUCUGAAAUCUGAAUCUAAAAAGUUGGUAUGGAAAUUUUUUGUUGUUGUAAGACAUGUAAUCUCUUCUUUAGUACCUCUUUUUUAAAAAUAAAAAAUGUUAACAACUUUUUUUUUUUUUUUUUUUUAUGACAGAAAAUAACAGAUGUUAAACACCUUUCACUUUCGUUUUGGCUGGUUGUCCUGGCCAUUAUGUUUUUCUACAAUGGAGUUUUCCCUUUUAUUUUUUUUUUUUUUUUUUUUUUUUUAUGACAGAAAAUAACAGAUGUUAAACACCUUUCACUUUCGUUUUGGCUGGUUGUCCUGGCCAUUAUGUUUUUCUACAAUGGAGUUUUCCCAUUUGUUGCAGAUGCUAGGUGAGAUAUUGGACUUCGGUAGAUCUAAGCAUGCACUCGGUUUACAAGCUAGUUGUACAUUUCUCUUUAAAAAAUGUUUGAUUUAAAAUCUUUUUUUUUUUUUAUCGUAUCAAUUUUAUAAUGGAACCGCUUACACAUUCUCAGCAAAUUCAUUCAAACCAAAUAUAAGUUGGACAAGAAGCCAGCCUCGUAUGUGGCCGGUGCAAUAUAUGAUGUCUCCAUGAUUGUCUCUCCUUUCCUGGGAGGUCUUAUUGUAAGUGUUGUUAUAGAGGAAUUUUCAGUUUAUCGAUUAUUAUAGAGGAAUUUUCAGUUGAUAAUAUAGGUAUUUUGUUAUAUUAAGUUGCAUUUAAGUUAUAUACAAGGUUGAUAAAUAUCCUACAAUUAAUUAUUUUUAAACAUAAAAUUAUUUACACCAUAAUCAGCGAUCGAUUGUAAUAUGUUUCUUUUAACAUUGUCAGUGUUGGUUUUUUAACAAGUGAUUGAAUUUCAUCACGGAAAAACUAAAUCUAGAUUUCUCAAUACAACACUGCUUCACAGCUGUCACUCUACUAGCAGAACUGACAGUUUUUAAAAUCUAUUUAGUUCACCAAAGUGGUUGUUUGUUUAGUUUAAGAAAAAAUAAGAUGUCUGAUCUGGUCAGGAUGUGUUUGGCAAGAGAGGGUACAUAGCAAUGUCUACUGCUGUCUUGACCAUCCCUGUGUUUGGCUUGUUGGCAUUCAGCUAUGUCCAUCCACUCAUCUGUACAUUGUGGUUAGGUGUCACUUAUUCAUUCGCAGCAGUAAGUUAUUUAUAUUCUCAUAAAUUAUUACUAAAAAUGUGUUUAUUUUUAAAAUAAGGUCUGUUUUUGUUUUUUUUACAGGAACAUUUAAAAAAUUUUUUUUUUAAUGUAUGUGAGACAAAUAUAUUGAGUUAUUUAUAAAGAUCUCUGCGGUUUGUUUACAUUUUCAUGUAAUGCUUGUUUUUUAUUUUACUGUUUUUAUUUUACCACAUUUCUUUAAGGAUUUGCUCUUUUUGUUAUUUCAAGGCAAGCAUGUGGCCAAGCAUACCAUUGGUUGUCUCGCAAACAACCCUGGGUACUGCCAUGGGCCUGACCACAAGUGUCCAGAUGGUUGGCAUUGGAAUCUCCAAUGUCAUUGUUGGGCAAAUCCUAGGCAAAGAUGACGAGUAAGUGUCCGUCUGAGAAUUAAAAUUCAUGUUGUACUUUUUAAUGUCCUGCGAUCAGAGGAAUCUUAAUCACACUUGCGACAUUCUCUUUGUGUAACCUUUCAGUACUGAUGAUGCUGGGAAACUCCUCCGAUGGAAGUAUGUUAUGAUCUUCCUCUUGGGAAAUACCAUUUGCUGUAUUCUGGCUGCAUUCUUCCUGAAUGUUGUUGACAGGAGAAGGGUAAGGGAUUUUAUUUGAUUUUCAUUGAAGAUCAAAUUUUUUUUAAGGUGCCUUGCUCAUUGUCUGGCUGGGCAUGAAUGAUAGAAAUAUUUCUAACAGCAGUGAUUUUCCAGCAAUUGUCUGUUACGAGGCCAAGAAAUUUUGGGUCUUUAGAUUAGCAACUAUAUAUAUAAUAUAUGACAAGAUCAAUACUUUUAUCAUAUAAAACAUUAUGAGCAAUUAAACUAAUUUAUUAUUAUUAUUAAAUCUCAGAUUUUUCCUUCAAGACUCAAUUUUUAUUUUUGGGUUGCAGUGGGUUAUUAUUCCUCCACAUGUGUUAUUUUCCACUCUCAAAUCUUUAAAACAAUACAAAUUAUGUCAAGUAUUAUUCCUUACCAGUUAAUCUGUAUUUUAUUGUACAAUAGGGUGGAAUAUUAAACAUAAGCAAGCAUCAGAAGCUUUUGUUGGCCAGGCAGAAAGCUGAAGUAAAUCAGACAGAAGAGCCGCCACCUGAAUUGGAGGGUGAGGAGGACCCAUUGUUGCCAGGAGGCCCUGGACGUAAAUAUUUACAAGAUGGGAAUUCACUGAAUUAAUCUCUGACCAGCUCUGUGGUGUAUUUUUUUUAACCCUAAAUUUGUAGAUAGCUCUUUUAAAGAAAAGAACUGAUAAACGACAGAGAUAGUUUGUUUCAUAUUGAAGCCUUAUCAGUGGGGUCAUAAUGAACUAUUUUAUACUAAGCUUAUCAAUGAAGACUAAAUGAACUAUUUUGUAAGAAGCCGAUUUUUGAAGUCAUAAUUUUUAAUGGUAAAUCCUCCUUAAUUCAAUUUUUUCCUGAAAACAGUCACUUACAGAAUGCAGCACCAACAUUUGCUGUUACUUAAAACACAAUAAUUAAAUGAAAUUCUCUGAAACCAUCCUCAAAUGGAAACAAAAUUAUUUUUAAUGGCCAUUGAAGUAAAUGCUUCACAUAUGUCGCAAGCAAAAGUGAUGGUAACUUACACAUUUAUAAUAAUUGUAGUCUUUAUAACUACUUUAAAGUAACAACCCAUGCCGCAAGCAUCAAGGCUGUGAUUGAUUGGCUGCAUCUAAAGUAAUUUAUUAAUAGGGGUAUAAGACUUUGUAAAUCAUUUAUACAAAAAAGUCUUCUAGAGAUGAUCGUACAUGGAAUUUCUUGGCUUAAUAUGAUCAGGUUGUUUGUUGUUCUGACUUACUUUAUGAAAUAAUAAUAGCGGUUCUAUCAUCAGUAGAAGUGUGGACACAGUUCCUUUAAAAAAAAAUUUUUAUGUACAUUUGAAUGAAAGGAGGAAUUACAUGUGGUUUAGGUUUUGUAAAUAUUUCUUAAUCUAUUUGUUAAUAGCUUUAUCUGAAAACCAACUGAGUGUUUGGUUUGGAAUUAAUUUGUUGCAAAUGAUAUAAAAAUAAUUUUCAUUUGAAAAACUUAUUUAAUGUCCAGAGUCAGGUCUCAGGGAACUUUGGUUUAAUUAGUUUUGAUGAUAACGUCACCAGGAUGGUAGUGGUGCAUGGUAAUUUAUUUAUGAGACAGGUUGAAAUGCAUCUUGAGCUUAAAGAUUACAAAGUGGGCAGCACGUCUUAGUUCUUUCAGGUGCACAACAAAACUGAAGAAACUUCUAACUGUCCUAACUCUGAUAACAUUGAGGUUGUUAGAAGAACUCUUAAGUGAACAUUGUCCUAGACUGAAUGGGGUAAUUUCAUAAGCAAAGAAUAGGCAAAUAUUUCCCUAAGCUGCAAUAUUCUACUUAGGUGAAUCAUUGUUUUCAUUUUAAAAAUUACUUAUUAACUUUUUUUAUGCUUGAUAAUGAUAUUAUAAAUAAGGCACAAAAUAGAUUUUUAAAAUGAAAAUUUUGUCUUAUAUGCCUCCAAUAUAAAUUAUGAUAAAUUGAAGUUAGUUUAAUAUUUUUAUGCUACUGUAAAUGAAGAUGCUGUUCUUUUUAUGUUUUACACAAGUUGUACUGAUUAACAUACAAAAAUGGCAACAUAAUGUACUUCAGUUUUUUGUUUUUUUAAAUUAUGAAAUUGUUCUAUUAUGAGGGAUUAAUUUCACUAUGCUACAAAAUUUUAUUUUUGUGGAUUUAAAUUUGGUUUUUAGUCCGCCACGGUGCCUUAGGAGUUCAUUUCAAAUGAAAUCCUUGAACACAUUUUGAAACCAUACUUGUCAAACAUAUUUCAGCCAUAUCAUGCAUAUUUGAUCUUUAUUUUGAGUUUUUGAUUUACUUGAUUUUUAACUAUAAUGAAAAUAAUCUCUUUAUUACUUUAAAUUUCUGUAUUUUAAAAGGUUGUUAGUUUAGAUUACAUACAGAGAAGACUCAUUAAUUUACUUAAUGUCACCGGAUGUGUACAAAAAAUUAAGAAAAAAGAGCCAUUGCUGCCAAAGUAUGCAUGAUUUUAAAGAAAAUGGUAUAAGAGGAGAUGAUUUAAGGUGAGAUGAUGGUUUAAGGGGCGAUAAUGGUUUAAGGGGAGAUGAGUAAUCUACAUGAAAGCAGACAUUCAUCUUACCACUUGUAGGAUGAUUUGUUCAUAAUAGUGACAGUGAUAUUUUUUGUUGUUAUUGAUGGAUAAGAAACUUCUUUUAAAAAAAUAUUCAAAAUGUAUAAAACAUUUUUCAAAAUUUUUUGUAAAUCAUAAAUUUUUAAAGAUAUAUACAUGUCAGUGUUAACUUACUGGCCUGCUUUCAUUUGACGGCAUGACGUGACUGACACUUUAAUUCGAAACAGGAUUUUAUUAUACAUAUUUCUUUAUUGCAGCUGCAUUUUUAGCUAUGAAUAUGUCAAGAAUUUUUUUUUUUUAGCUAUGAAUGUCAAGAAGUUUUUUAUUCUCAAAAUAAAAGUACUGAAAGUGUAGAAUAAUGUAUAGUAUAUAUGUAAAUUGCUAUUUAAAAAAAAAUAUAUUAAUUCCUAAUAAAAAGAAAUCUAUUUAUUUUCCCCUAUUAUAUGUAAGAGCUAAAAAAAAAUCUUGCAGAGUUGUAAGAUAUAUUCACACGUUGUGGGGACUUAAAGUUAAUUCAACUCAUGUUGCCAGGUUAGCUUUAAUCAGGUGUUGGAAAAUAAGCUUGCAGUAAGUUUUUUCAGGUGGUUUUGGAAUGCAAGGUUUAUUCAAGUGCAUUUGGAAUUUAAGGUUUUAUUCAUGUUUUGCUGGAUGUAAGAGUUGUUCAGCUGUAGCUGGAAGUAGGUAUUGCAAGGUUUAUUUAAUAAGUAUAGAUGACUUGUAAGAUUUACAAAUUCACAAAAUACUUCAUAGAUUUUUAUUUUACAUUGGCUGUAUGUCGUCCUAAUUUUUUAGGGCAUUUCCUGUUGACGAUCUUUUUAGAACAAUCCUUUAAAAAUAAUUCUGUAUAACCAUGCUUUUGUUAUCUUCACUAUACAUUAUAUGCAAACAGAACGCAAUCAGUGCUUUGUGCUCUAAGUCAAGUAUUGCAUUUUAAAAAAUCAGUUUGUAAUAUUGCCCCAUAACUAUAAAUAAAACCACACAAUAUAUGUAACUUAACCUCCAUUUACUCUUUAUAAUUCAUCCAAAGUUUACAUUCCAAGUCUUUUGUGGAUUCUGGGAUUAAUGCACAUUAAACCAUGGGAAAGCUUUUUUGUUUUCCUCCGACUUUACUGCAUCAGUAAGAAUAUUUUCUUUAUUUCAUAGUUCCAUUUCAGAUUGGCUUUCACAUAAUCACUUUUAUAGAUUUAUUCUUCAUUAUUCCUUUUCCCCCCAGUGUAUUCUGGCAUUUUUUUUCUAGUUAUAUAUAUAUAUUUUUUUUUUAGUUGGUUCUUGAAGAGAAGCAAUUUCUUGUUUGAAAUUUUUAAAUGCAAGUUUUGAUAUUAAACCUAUCUAUAAAGCUUUCAAGGAAUGUAUUUAUGAAAGUGAUCUUGACUGAUUUUGUUCUCAAUUGAACUGAAACUGUAAAUGCACAAAGGAAUACCAAACAUAGACAAUUAACAUUUUUAAAGCCACUUGGGUUUUUUUUUUUAUAUGGUUGGUUGAUACAGUAACCCAGUGAAAUAAAUUUGCUCUUGUCAUUUGUGGUAGUUUAUUUUAGUUAAACUGAAGAAGUAAGUUUACAAACAUAUAGUCCAUUCAAUUAUCUUUCAUUUGGUACCUCAUUUUGUCUUACAAACCCAACAAUAAUAUUUUUAAUUGUUUUUUAAUCCCAACCUCUCACUUCUGGUACCCGGGUACAAAUAGUCGCAGCCAUCAGAUUUUUGUCCAUUUAAGAAAAGCUCCAUGUAAAAAAAAUUAUAAUUUAUUUUGUGAAUUGUAUCUUUCAAAACUAGACUAGAGUGUUGCAAUUUAAAAAAAAAAAAGAAAAGAGACAUACAUUUAAUUCAUCACAAUACUUUAUUACCGAUUUCAGUGUGAGCCUAAAAUAAUAAAUUGGCAUAUUAUGUGAAUAAAUACAUUUUCACACAAAAAAUGCAGCCUGAAAUACUUAUAGAUCAAUUAUAUGUUAAAAUGUAAAUAAAACCCUUCUGCUUCACAGAAUGACAUUAUGAUAAACUCUUGUUGUUUUAGUGUUUGCCCAGAUGUUAUAUAUAAAUCCAACUGUGUUAAGUGCCAUCUCACUCAAUUUAUUGUGGUGUGACCUCUAAUUCAGCGGAGAAGACACUAAGCCUGUAUAGUUCGCUUACAAGUUUAAAUUUCAAAAAAUUAAUAUCAGAA